UGCGGCAAGUUGAACUGGACCCUCGUACGCCAGACGGUUGAUCUCGAUUUUCAAUCUUGGUAGAUUUUCGUGAAGGUGUGAGUUUGUUUGUGUGGGUCAAUGUCAAGAUGAUGAAGAAGCGAGAGCGAAGUUUGGUUUUAUGGACCAAACAAGAGGUAUAACAAAAAGACACUCUUAAUAAUGUAUGUUUGUCCAAGCAAGCGUACAACGACCUGUAAGUUGGUAGGAAGCUUGGCUCUCAAGAGUGAAUGAUUACUUUGGUGCCGUCAUGUACACGUUGUCAAGACAAGUCAAUGUUGAGAUUAUCACAACCUGUGACAUUUAUUGUAUGAUAUUGUAUGAUAUUGUAUGACAUUGUAUGACAUUGUAUGAAUUAUUAAUGCUAGUUAUUCCACUCAUCUCCUCAACUUUGCUUGGUAUACACGUAACACACGCAGGUAGGGUGUAGCUGCAUGCUGGUUGAGUCGAUACUGGAGAGCCACGAGCGGCGGCCAACGACCAGCCGUCCAAUCCAACUUGGACCCUUCCGAAGUCUUGGCAGGCAACAUCGCAAGUAACCCACCUCGACACAAGGCGACGCAGUGCGGAACAGCAACUCAUUCUCCACUACAUCCACUCCUCCGACUCCCCCAAAAAUUACGACCUGACCCCCAAUUGCAAGGACCGUGUUUCUUGUGUUCGACCCCUCUAGCCUUUCGAUUCGCGCGCGCCGGGCGGGCUUUAAGUAGCCACGUCUUUCCAAACCAUUCACCCACCCCUCCGUUCAGCAACAUCCCCCAGCUGCAACCAUGCGUCUAGACGUAAAGAGGCAACUUUUUGCGCGGUCGGAAAGGGUCAAAGGAAUUGAUUUCCAUCCGACUGAGCCAUGGAUUCUCACGACAUUGUAUAGCGGACACGUUAACAUAUGGUCAUAUGUUUCUCAGUCCAUUGUCAAGACAUUCGAACUCACAGAUGUACCCGUUCGAGCGGGUCGCUUCAUUGCGCGCAAGAAUUGGAUAGUCGCCGGUUCGGACGAUUUCAAGCUGCGCGUAUACAACUAUAAUACUUCGGAGAAGAUCACAGAGUUCGAGGCGCACCCAGAUUAUAUCCGUGCCAUCGUAGUGCACCCGACCCAGCCUUUCGUUUUGACCGCCAGUGAUGACAUGACAAUCAAGUUGUGGGAUUGGGAUAAAUCAUGGAAAUGCGUGCAGAUAUUCGAGGGCCACGGACAUUAUGUCAUGGGUAUCGCCAUAAACCCCAAGGACCCCAACACAUUUGCCUCGGCCUGUCUUGACCGCACUGUCAAGAUAUGGUCCUUGGGCAGCUCGACACCCAACUUCACCCUCGAAGCCCACGAGGCCAAAGGUGUCAAUUUCAUCGAUUACUACCCUCAGUCGGACAAGCCCUACCUUCUUACGACAUCCGACGAUCGCACCGUCAAGGUUUGGGAUUACACAACCAAAGCUCUUAUUGCUACGUUGGAAGGUCACACCUCGAACGUUAGCUUCGCCGUUUACCACCCCGAAUUACCCGUCAUCAUCUCCGGUUCCGAAGACGGCACAAUCAAGAUUUGGCAUUCCUCGACUUACAGACUGGAACAAUCCUUGAAUUAUGGUCUCGAGAGGGCUUGGUGUGUGGCUUACCAGAAGGGCCAGAAUGGCGUCGCCUUGGGUUUCGACGAUGGCGCUGUAGUUAUCUCCAUGGGUCGUGAAGAGCCCGCCGUCAGUAUGGACGCAGGAGGCAAACUUCUCUGGGCACGACACAACGAAAUUAUGACCACCGUUAUCAAAGGCAACGAGAAGCUCAAAGACUCCGAGCGGCUCACAUUGCCCACGAAGGACCUCGGAUCGACGGAAAUUUACCCUCAGUCACUGCUCCACUCGCCAAACGGACGUUUUGUAGCUGUUUGUGGCGAUGGCGAAUACAUCAUUUACACCGCACUUGCUCUCCGUAACCAGGCUUUCGGUUCAGCUUUGGAUUUCGUCUGGGCUUCCAAGGAUCACGACAAAGACUACGCCAUCCGAGAGUCAUCCACGAGCGUUAAGAUUUUCCGGAACUUAAAAGAGCGAAGUGUCCUCAAUGUUGGCUUCUCGGCCGAAGGCUUAAGUGGGGGUAUCCUGCUCGGUGUCAAGGGUCAGGGUGGCAUUGGCUUGUUCGAUUGGGAUUCUGGCGCACUUGUCCGAAGGAUAGAAGUUGAGCCCAAGAGCGUGUACUGGUCAGAAAGUGGCGAGCUCGUUACGCUCGCGACAGAAGACACAUUCUACGUUCUAAGGUAUUCUCGCGAAAACUAUCUCGAAGCAGUACAGAAUGGCGAGAUAGAUGAAGAUGGCGCCGAGUCGGCAUUCGAAGUCGUCUGUGAUAUCAACGAGAGUGUACGGACUGGUACCUGGGUCGGAGAUUGCUUCAUCUACACCAACAGCACAAACCGACUCAACUACUUGGUCGGCGACCAAACUUAUACCAUUUCUCAUUUCGAUCACCCUCACUAUCUCCUUGGCUACCUACCGCGCGACUCGAGGAUUUACAUUGCCGACAAGGACGUCAAUGUUGUCUCAUUCGCUCUUUCGCUUGCUGUCGUUGAGUACCAAACAUUGGUCCUCCGAGGUGACUUGGAAGCAGCAGAAGAGUUGCUUCCUUCAGUGCCCAAGGAUCAAAACAACAAGAUUGCUCGUUUCCUCGAAGGCCAGGGACACAAGGAGCUCGCGCUCAAGGUCGCCACAGACCCAGAGCACCGCUUCGAUCUUGCUCUUUCUCUUGGCGAUCUUCAACAAGCAGUCGGAAUAGCCCGUGAGCAGGACACUGAGCACAAGUGGAAGACCGUCGGUGAUGCGGCGCUCAGCGCCUGGGAUGUCACCCUCGCACAGGAGUGCUUCGUGAAAGCCAAGGACCUGGGCUCUCUCCUCCUGGUAUACAGUGCAACCUCGGACGCGUCCGGUCUGCGCGAACUCGCCGCGCUCGCCGAAACUGCCACUGCCAACAACAUCGCUUUCUCGGCACUCUGGCAAACGGGCGAUGUGCAAGGAUGCCUCGAUAUUCUUGUCAAGACAAAUCGCCUGGCUGAAGCAGUUCUCUUCGCGCAGACAUACAAGCCCUCGCAAGCAGCCGGCCUGGUAAAACAGUGGAAGGUCAGCUUGGAGAAGGACGGAAAGAACAAGGUCGGACGACUUCUCGGUGUUCCCCCUGCCGAUGGCGAGGGUGACGAGGAGAUGUUCCCCGAGUGGGACGAGUACCUCAGGCUGGAGCGGGAAGGUGGGACAGUUGACGACCUGUUGUUGCCUGGAGGAGCUGCCGCGGAUGAAGAGGUUGAUGCCGAGGUUGAGGCUGCUGAGGAGGAGGUUGCUGAAGAAGCUGAGGAUGAUGAAGACGAUGACGAAGACGAGGAGUAG